GCACAGCUUGCUUCCACGUGCCGGCUGACUCGCCCAUCGCUACGUCCACGUCGGAAGACAGAGAAAAAAGACCCCAGACAAAAGAAUGAAUGUAUCGGACGAUAUAGAAGUGCGUGUUGUGGAAGCCGGCGAGGGUGAAGCCCUGAUGCAGUUCCUACUGGAGCACUACUAUCGCGAGGAGCCGCUGACCGCCGGCUGCAGUCCGCCGGAGCCGGACCAGGCCGACAAGGAUUUUCUGCUCUCCAACAUCCAGUACGGCACCUGCCUGGUGGUCAUGCAGGGCGGCAUUCGCAUGGUAGGCGCGGUCGUGGCAGGGCCCAAAGAUGCCCACGAGUCGGACCACCUCGCCGUGGAAUUGGUGGAGCAUUCCGGCACCAAGUGGGGUCGCAUCCUGGGCCUGCUCGCCCGGGUCGAGCAGGAGACGAACGUUUGCCAGCGCUACGGCGUACCAUCGGCCAUUCAUGUCCAUGCCUUGGGCAUAGACCACACGCUGCGCGGCCUGGGUCUGGGCGUCCGCCUCAUGAACGCCGUGGCCGAACGCGCCCGUGCUCUGGGUCAUCCCCUCGUGACGGUCGACUGCACCAGCCUCUACUCCGCCCGCCUGAUGGCCCGUCUCGGAUACGAGCUGAUCAACACCCUCCGCUAUGACGACUACCUGGACGAGACCGGCCAGCAGGUAUUUCGCCCACCAGCCCCCCACGACAGUGUGAAAACCUAUGUGCUCCGCUUGUAAAGCAUUUCUUAUCUAUCAUUUCGUAGAUAAGAGAUAGGGUACACCUAUUUACCAUAAGGCAAUCAAAAUCUAUACUAAAACUUA